CUGUCCCUCUUGCUCUUUCUCUCUCCCUCAUUGUCAAACAAACACAGCUCUCUCAAACGUCCACUCAUGGGCUCACUCGUGGUCAGAGCUGAGAAGAACACUUGUCCUGGGGAGACUAGGGGAUCUAGACUAUUAAAAGGCACCAGAUGAAUCACACCUAGGGCUAAAUGGAAGCAUAACACAGAACCACAGACUACUGACGAGGAGCAAUCUUUCUCAGUGUGAUGGAUAAGCCUUUUGGUCCAGAGGUCAAGUUCAGGCUGGACAUGGGCACAGCACAUCCUGCACCCAGCAUCCCGGCGAGAGGACAGUGGUCAAGUAAAGUUGAGUUCCUCUUGGCUGUCGCAGGACAAAUCAUAGGCCUAGGAAAUGUCUGGAGGUUCCCCUAUUUGUGCUACAAAAAUGGAGGAGGGGUGUUUUUCAUCCCUUAUGUGCUCUUCCUCUUCACCUGCGGCAUCCCCCUGUUUCUCCUGGAGACGUCUCUCGGCCAGUACACCAAACAGGGAAGCAUAACCUGCUGGAGGAAAGUUUGUCCCCUUUUUGAAGGGAUGGGUUAUGGCAGUCAGGUGGUUGUUUUAUACUCCAGUAUCUAUUACAUCAUCAUAUUGGCCUGGGCUUUCCUGUAUCUCUUCUUCUCUUUCAACUCUGAACUACCUUGGGCGAGUUGCAGAAACAGCUGGAACACAGAGAAUUGUGUGGAGUUUGAUCGAAGGAGUAUUUAUUUGAAUUUGACUGUUGAAAAUGCAACAUCCCCAGUGAGAGAGUUUUGGGAGAGAAGAGUUUUGAAUGUCACAGGAAGUGUCCAUGAUUUAGGCAGCAUACGAUGGGAGUUGGCUCUGUGUCUUCUGUUGUCCUGGAUCAUCUGUUACUUCUGUGUCUGGAAAGGAGUAAAGUCGACCGGAAAGGUAGUUUACUUUACUGCCACAUUUCCAUAUGUGAUGCUGGCGGUGUUGCUUGUUCGUGGACUCACGUUGCCUGGGGCCUUGGUUGGGAUCAAGUUCUACCUCUACCCAGAUCCAUCCCGCCUGGCUGACCCACAGGUGUGGAUGGAUGCUGGCACACAGAUAUUUUAUUCCUAUGCUAUUUGCAUCGGAUGUCUAACUGCACUUGGCAGUUAUAAUAAGUACAACAAUAACUGCUACAAGGACUGUGUGUACUUGUGCCUUCUGAACAGUGGGACCAGUUUUGUAGCUGGCUUUGCCAUCUUCUCUGUACUUGGAUUCAUGGCAUAUGAGCAGAACACAGACAUAUCAAAAGUGGCAGAGUCAGGUCCUGGCUUGGCGUUCAUUGCCUACCCUCGAGCAGUCGCCAUGAUGCCUUUCCCUCAGCUCUGGGCGAUAUUCUUUUUCAUUAUGAUCAUCCUGCUGGGACUGGACAGUGAGUUUGUAGGUCUGGAAGCUCUCGUAACAGCAAUUUCUGACCUAAAUCCUUCCUUCUUCCACGUUGGCCAUCGACGUAAACUUCUUCUGCUUGCUAUCAGUGUCGUUAGUUUCUUCAUUGGCCUUGUAAUGGUUACAGAAGGUGGACUGUACAUAUUCCAGGUGUUUGACUACUAUGCCUGCAGUGGGAUGACUCUACUUCUCUUUGCCACACUCCAGUCUUUGUGUAUUGGGUGGGUUUACGGUGCAGACCGGUUUUAUGAAAACAUAGAGGAAAUGAUUGGAUACAAGCCUUUUCCCCUGAUUAAGUAUUGUUUGAAAUAUGUCACUCCAGUUAUAUGCAUGGGAACUUUUGUUUUCUCCUUGGUAAAAUUCACUCCUCUGAAGUUCAACAGCACAACUGAGUAUCCAUGGUGGGGUUAUGCUCUCGGAUGGUGGUUCACUCUCUCCUCCACACUCAUGGUUCCUCUCUGGAUGGUGUACAAUGUGAGCAUCACUCCCGGUACACUGCGACAGAGGAUCGCCAUUUUAUGUACUCCAGCCAAAGACCUUUCUUCAAACAAAUCAGAGAAGAAAGCUCUUGGACUGCUCGACAUAACCUCAUCUCCUGACACCAUGGUGUCUUUAUGACAACAGACAACUGAAGCAGCUUCAGAUAUGCUAAACAAGCGUGAAGCAUAAGGAAAAACUUGCCCUCAAUCCAGUAGUCUUAAUCCAAGUUUCUUUUAAAGCAGUGGUUCACAACCUUUUUGAUGUUUGACUUCUUAAAGCAAAUCAAUGUUUACUCGUAACCUCCAGUCAAUGGUUGCACCAGUUGGAUGCAACCAGUUCAAUGAAAGGGUUUUUUGGGGCUUGAAAUGCUUAAAAGCAAAGAUUAAAGGUAAGUCUGAAAGAAAUGUACUUUUGUGCAGCAGAAAUAUGUUUUUUGUCAUCUUGUGACCCCCUCAGCUUUAACUUUCAACCCCUUGUGUUAGUCCUGACCUCCUGGAGGGGAAUCACUGCACUAAAGGAAUGGCUUGAAGUUUAUGGUGAUUUCACUUAUUAUUAAGCACUACAAAGUUUAAAUGCAGACUCAGACAGAAAAGGAAAUAUUUUCAACAAUAUCGUUUCUGAGAGAUAUAAGCUCAAAGGUUCACUUACUGUACAGUGAGUACAGUACAUCGUUUUCUCGUUGGUUUCUGAGCUUCCAGCCAUGGUCUUCAUUCAGCCACAGUUGUCAUCACGUGAGCUCCAGCUGCAUCACUGACAGCGAGCGUGUAGGGCUGAAACUAAUCAUUAUUUUCAUUAUCAGUUUUUUUAAUAGUUGUUUAGUUUUUAAACAUUUAUUUUAAAGUUUCCCAGAGAGUGAACAACAACAAAGACACUGAAUUUAACAUAUUUUAAAACAGCAAAUCCUCACCUUUGAGAAUCUGGAGUUUUGUUUAUGCAAAAGCAUUUAAUUGAUUAGGAUUCAAUUGAUUGACAAUUGAUUAAUCUCUUAGUUCUUUCAGCUCUACUAACAAGUGGACCUUAAAAUUAUCUUCAUGAGCCAAAGGUCAUGAAUGAACAUCAUGCUCAAACGCAAAUUGACAUGUGAUAUUUUAAAUUGUUACUUAUCUAAAGAAAAGGGUAUUGAAUAUGAGAAGUAAUGAGAAUAUGGGUGUUCUUAGUUCUUGGUGUUUAGUUUAGUUUUAACUAGGUUGUUUAACUAUUCACAGUAAAACAAACAUUUGCCAGAUAAGCCAUACGGAUUGAACACUAAGUCACUUUUUGGUCACUGUGAGUGACGUGAAUUAAAUUCCAUUUUGUCAAUGUAAGCUGUAAAUUAUAACUAUUAAAGCAGUGACGUGAAAAAAUAAUCCACCAAUAAGUGCACCGUAGCCGACUGAGUCACCAGGCUGUCCCAACGCGGUUCCUGACCUGUACAGAGUACUUUUACUGUAUAGACGUGCUAGUGCUGCUCGUACAGGGAGGAAACUAGUUUGGUGUUUGGUGUUAGAUAAAAACAAAACGGUAGUGCCAAACAAGUUGUAUUGUGAUGACUGAAGCACCAAAUGUAAAAGAGAAACAGCGUGCAAACCUGUUGGCUGUAACAGUCAGAAACAGAAAAUAUUUUAUGAGUCAAAUAGAUUAUAUUUUUACUGUAGUCUCAGCUGUAAGCUUGUUUGAUUAUAGUUUUUAUACACAAUACUCAUAUAUCAAGUUUUGCAGAUUCAUCAUUUUGUAUCCUUUUUUGUAUCAUAUAUCAAUGAAAUUUGUGGCAAUAGUUCAUUGUGUACCACGUAAAUGCUGUAAUAUGACAUUAUUCACAUUUAAGGAUCAAUCAAAAUUUGUAUUUUAAAAGAAAAUAUUUUCAAAGGAUAUGUGUACCAGAAACCAUGUAAAUUUGUGUUUAAAUUGACAGUGUCACUUUUUAUAUUACUAGUUGUUAAUAGUCAAUAAAUCAUGAACAACCAGUUA